GUCUACUUAGCUACCCCCAUUGAAUUGUGGUGGAUGGUUGCAUCACAAUUCUUCAAAAAAACAAAGAAGAGAACAUUAGGCACCACCGCACCAAGCAAGGAACCAACCAUAGAUAAAUAGUUCUUCCUCACACUUUCACUUCUUCUACUCCCACUUUUACUUGGAGAGAAAACAAGAACAAAAACAAAAAAAUGUGCCCCACGAAGCAAAAUCAGAAGCAGAAUCAAAAUCAGAAGCAUCAGAUCCCCCUCACCGAACCCCCAGACCUAGACCUAGCAGCCGCCGCCGCCGACUGGAGAGCCGAAGCGAUCAACGGCGGAUCAAUCAAACACGUGGACCUCCACAACGGAACCAACGGCUGGGCUUCACCCCCAGGCGACCUCUUCUUUCUCCGAUCCAAAAACUACCUCACCAAUAAACAAAAAUCCCCCUCCGGCUCCUGGCUCCUCCAGCCAGCCGGCUUCGACUGGCUCCGAUCCCCAACCAAGCUCGACAACAUCCUCAGCCGCCCCGACAACCGUGUCAUGAACGCGCUCCGAACCUCCCAAUCCCAAGGCGAGUACCUAAAAACCUUCCUACUGGCAGUCAAUCUCCAAGUCCCUGGUCGCGACCACCAACACAGCGCCGUCUUUUACUUCUCCACCGACGAUCCCAUUCCCUCCGGUUCCCUCCUCCACCGGUUCGUGGACGGCGAUGACUCGUUUCGAAAUCAACGGUUGAAAAUCGUUAGUCGGAUCGUUAAGGGUCCGUGGAUCGUGAAGGCUGCUGUGGGGAAUUACUCGGCUUGUCUCCUCGGCAAGGCUUUGACUUGUAAUUAUCAUCGGGGCUCCAAUUACCUUGAAAUUGACGUGGAUAUGGGCAGCUCGGCGAUUGCCAGCGCCAUUUUGAGACUUGCGUUGGGGUACGUGACGGCCGUGACGGUGGACAUGGGGUUUGUGGUGGAGUCGCAGACAGAGGAUGAGUUACCGGAGAGGCUUUUGGGUGCUGUUAGGGUUUGUCAAAUGGAGACUUCCUUGGCCACUUUUGUCGAUACGACGACGUCGUCUUGUAGAAAACUAGGGCCUUCCAAAGUUGUUGAUAAUGAUCAUGAUUGAGAAGAGAAAUUCAACUGUGGUAAAAAUAAAUAAAUAAAAAUGUUUUUGUGUUUUUUUUUUAGUUCCAUUUUCAAUCUCUUUAUGAGUUGAUGACUUUUUACUCAUUUUCUGCUCCAAUAAAAUGAUUGUUAAUGGAUGCAAA